AUGGCACUGGGUGCCCGGAGCUGCUGGGACUACAAGACACACCUGAAGAGUGGCUUUGCUGGUGGGCUGGUGGCAGAGGAUGGUGGCUUCCAGGACUUGGGUUGUGACAGCCCUGAGCUGCAGGCACUGUUCAGGGCCUUCCUGCCUGACGAGCAUGGCUUCCGGCCACGCACUGUGGUCCUGCAUGGGGAGCCAGGCACAGGCCAGGCCCUGCUGGUUCGUAGGCUCCUGCUGGGCUGGGCGCAGGACAAGGCCCUCCAGGACCUCUUCUCUUACGUCUUCCUCCUGCAGGCCCAGGACCUGCGGGGGCCGGCUGAGAGCAGCCUCCUGAAGCUGUUGUCCAGGGCCUGGCCUGCUGCUCCGGAGGCCGCACAGGACAUCGGGGCCUGGCCGGACAGGCUGCUGUUCGUGCUGGAUGGUUUUGAUGACCUGGACUGGACCUUUGGGGAUGAGGACGGGGCCACAUGCGCAGACUGGGCGGCGUGGCAGCCCGUGAAGGUGCUGCUCCGAAGUUUGCUCCGGAAGGUGCUGCUGCCAGAGGCCUCGCUGCUCAUCACGGCCUCAGGCACCACCCUGGAGAUGCUCAAGGCUGUGCUGGUGGCCCCCUGCUACCUGUGGUUCGGGGGGUUCUCACUGGAGCAGAGGCUGGACCUGCUCCUGCAGCACAGCUACUCUGAGGCCCAGCAGAGGCAAAUCCUGCAGUGGGCCACCCACUGCCAACCAUUGCUGGAGAACUGCCAGGUCCCUGCUAUGAACCACCUCCUCCAGGAAGCCCUCCAUCUGCGACUGGCCACCCACAACUGCACACUCACGGCCUUAUAUGCCACCUGGGUGUUUCAUCAGUUCUUACCAAUGCAAGUGGCAGCUGAGAUGAGGGACCACAUGAGACCUGUCUGGAGGCACAUGCUGCAGGCCUUGUGCCGUCUGGCCCUGGAGGGUCUGAGGCUCCAGAAGCUGGUCUUCACUCAGGACACGCUGGGCAGGUUCGGGCUGUGGAGCCCGCACCUCUCCUUUCUGGCCAGCAAGCACCUCCUGCUGCCUCACCCGCACCGUGCUGGUCACUUCAGCUUCCUGCAUCCCAGCCUGCAGGACUUCUUUGCGGCCCUGAGCCACAUGCUGCCUGAGGGGCAGGCCUGCCCCAUGUUCCCCGAGCUCCUGAGCCUGCUGUUGCCCAAGUCUGGGGGUGCCCGCCAUCCGCCCGUGAGCCGCUUCCUGUGCGGCCUCCUGAACCGGGAGUUGGCAGAGCUGCUGCAGGGGCUGCUGGGGUGUGCCGUGGCCCCUGAGACCAGACAGGCCCUGCUGCAUGAGGUGGCCUGGCUGGGCGCCCACCCUGGCCCCCAGGACCUUCUCUCCACCUUCUACUGCCUCUUUGAGACCCAGGAGCAGGAGCUGGUGCAGGAGAUGUGUGCCAGCCUGCGGGCAGCCAGGGUGCUGCUCAGCCGGCCGAUGGACCUACUGGUCCAUGCCUUCUGCCUGCCCUGCUGUGGCCACCUGCAAACCCUCAGGCUGUCCGUCGGAGGGGUCUUCCAGAAGGAUCACAGCCUUGAAGCAGGGCCCCUCCUGCCCCCCAGACCGCAGCACCAGAGCCUGGUAAGGGAGAGCUGGCAGCAGCUGUGUGGGGUGCUCGGUGCACACCCCAGUCUGCGGCGGCUGGACCUCGCAGGCAGCAUCCUGAGCCCAUGGGCUUUGAAGACACUGUGUGGACAGCUCCAGCGGCCGGCCUGUGGCAUUCAGCGCCUGACCUUCACAGAUGUGCAGGUGAUGUGGGGCCUGGAGCCACUCUGGCAUGUUCUGGUUGCCAGCCCCAGACUCCGGCUGCUGGGCCUGGCCUGCAUGUCCCUCGGGCAUGCGGACGUCACCAUGGCCGGCAUGGCUCUGCGACACCCUUCCUGCAGGCUCCGCUCUCUCUGGCUAGAUGGCUGCUGGCUAGAAGACCCUGAGUUCUCUGUCAUCUCCCAAGUCCUAGCUGGGGCCACCUGCUUACGAGUCCUCAGCUUGGCCAGAAACAAGGUCUCAAAGGACGCCCUCAGGGCACUGUGCCAGGGCCUGCUGGCCCCAGCCUGCAAGCUGCAGAGGCUCGAAGGGCUGGGGUGGUUCUCUUCAUGCCCUUGGGGCUCCCUCUCCAGGCUGCGGAGCUGUGGCCUCUCUGCCGGGGCAUGCCAGGACCUGGCCAGGGGCCUCAUCGGCAACUGCAGCUUGACGCACCUGGACCUGUCAGACAACCACCUGAGUACAUGGGGCAUGAGGUUCUUGUACCCCUGCCUCAGCCACUCAGCACCCAGCCAUGGUCUCCAGAGGCUGCUCCUGACCCGGUGCGGCCUGGAUACGGCUGCCUGCAGCUUCCUGGCCUUGGCACUCAUGCACCACACGAGCCUGACACAUCUAAGCCUCAGCUCAAACCCGCUGGGCAACCGCAGCGUCCACCUCCUGUGCCUGGCCCUGCAGGACCCCAUGUGCCACCUGCAGGAGCUGGAGCUCGUACAGUGUCAGCUCACGGCCACCUGCUGCUCCAGCCUGUCCUCCGUGAUCGCACAGAACCAGUACCUGAGCAGCCUGGACCUCUCCCACAAUGCCCUGGGUGACGAGGGACUGGUGGCACUCUGCGAGGGUCUCAAACAAAGCACCAGCUCACUCGUGAGGCUCAGGCUGGAGGAGUGUGGCCUGACCUCAGACAGCAGUGUGGCACUCUCCGCCGCCCUCUCCCAAAACCGCAGCCUCCUUAGCCUUGGCCUGGCCAGCAACAGCUUCAGCCUCCCAGCCAUGAGGACACUGUUUCAGGGGAUCUCACACCCAUCCUGUGCCCUGCGCGCCAUUGGGCUGAAGCUGGGGCAGUUUCCGGCUGCGGUGCAGCAACUGGUGGCAGAUCUGCAGCAGGUGAAGCCAUGGGUGACUGUGGAUAGCGACUGGGACAAAGAGCCAGGUGAAGACUGGGACGAGGAGCCCGAUGAAGACUGGUUCUGGUGGCGGCAGUGA